AUGGCCCUCUCGCGGCAGCACCGCCGCUUCCUCUUCCUCUUCCUCUUCGUUGUCGUCGUCUCCGUCCUCACCUUCUGGUCCCGGCUAGCCCUCGCCUGGCGCGACUUCGGAUACCUGACCCGACCGCUGUGGGACCACCCCGAGCGCCCCUUCACAGUCGUCCCCCACUACCCGCGGUCGACGCUCUCGUCCUCCGAAUGGUGCUCCCUCCACGGCUGGAAGCCGCGCACAUCAACACCCAAGGUCUUUGACGCCGUGAUCUUCUCCGUCGAGAUCGACCUGCUCCAGCUUCGCUUGCGGGAACUCUACGACGUGGUUGACGGCUUUGUCAUCCUCGAGAGCGACCGGACGUUCACGGGCUUGCCGAAGAAUACGACCUUUGCGGACAACAAGCACCUCUUCGACUGGGCGUCGGACAAGAUCCACUACGCUUUCCACGAGGGUCACGAGCUCAAGCCGGGCGAGCACCCUUUUGACCAGGAGGCGCAGAUGCGCACGUCGAUGAACGCAGCGCUCGAGAGGGCAGGCGUGCGGCAGGGCGACCUCGUGCUGAUGAGCGACGUCGAUGAGCUCCCCCGCGCGUCCACGCUGGAACUGCUCAAGACCUGCGACUAUGGUGAUGUGAUCCACCUCCAGCUCGCAAACUACGUUUACUCGUUCGAGUUCCUGCUCGACCACGACAGCUGGCGCGCCUCUGUCCGUCGCCACCCCUCGACGGGGUACUCGCACGGCCGCGUGUCUGAGACCCUCCUCGGGGACGCGGGGUGGCACUGCAGUUUCUGCUUUAGACACAUCGCCGACUUCCAGUUCAAGAUGCAAGCGUACUCGCACGCGGACCGGAGCCGCGCCGAGCUCCUCGGCGAAGAGCGCAUCCAGAAGGUCAUCUGCGACGGGACGGAUAUCUUCGACAUGCUCCCCGAGGCGUACUCUUGGAGCGAGCUUGCGCGCAAGAUGGCGCCGAUGCAGAGGACGAACUCGGCCAUGGACGUGCCGCGCUUGCUGAAGGAGAAGCCGGAACAGUACCGCUACCUCCUGCCAGGUGGGUGUGAGCGCGAGAAGGCGUAA